AUGAUUGUCAAUAUGCCCGUCAAUGGGCCGAACAGCAGCGCGGCGCACUCGCAUCCCAGUGCCAGCAACAACAACAACAACAACAACAACAACAACUGCAACAACAACAACAACAACUGCAACUCGCUGCAAUCGCCGUGCGAAUUCAACUUCCUGAAACGCAAAUAUGAAACGCAGCUGGAGCAGCAGCCGCUGGAGCCGUACGAGCAGCUCGCGUCGAAUCCGUGGAAGAAGCGGCAUCUCGACUAUGACGCCGGCGGCGACAUGUGCUUCCAGCUGCAGCUGGACACGAGCAGCGCAGCCACAUCGAGCGGCGCCGCCUCGUUCAUCAACGAUCUGUUCGCCUACGACAGCAGCCUCCUGGUGCCCGCCGCCUCCUACUGUGCGCCGCCCAGUGCGCCGCUGGAGGCCGAUGCCGGCGGCUGGCAGACGGGUGAGCUGCUCGAGCUGGAUCAUCGCUACAAUUCCGGACUGCAGGCGGACUUCUCUCAGCUGAAUGCGACGCUGCCGCCGCCGCCGCCGUCCCAGCAGCAGCAGCAGCAGGAGCUGCAAGCACAGCCACAUCAGGAGCAGCACUUUUUGGUGCCCGUUCCGCAGAAGACACAGGCUCAGGUUGGUUGUCGGCCCGUGGCUUGUGGCAGACGCUCUUCGCCGGCGGCCAGCGAAUCGGAGCCGGAUUUCGAGGACAAGAAUCUGUCCUGGCUGCUAAAUUUCAAAUUCGAUGAGUUUCCGCAUCUGUCGCCGGAUGUUGGCGGCGCUGCCCGGCUGGGCAAUGGACACGGUGCCGGCCUGGAGGCGGCCACGCCCACAGCGACAGCACACAUGUCAAACGCAUCGCCCAGCAGCUCGGCCUCACCCGCAUCCGCAUCCGCCUCGGCGAGCACAUCCAACUCGAGCCAGUCGCUCAGCUGCCACACAACGCAGCUGGAGCCGCGCGGACGCAGCUCACCCAAGAGCUGCACAUCUCCGUCAAACACAACGACAAGCGCAGGCGCAACAGUAGCCACAAACACAACAACAAUAACCACACCGACCAGAACUGGCCGCAAGUUCGAGGAGCUGGUCAUGGAGGUCACCUCGGAAAUGGAUGGCAACGAUAUGAUUGUGGCCGAGCACGUCGUCAUUGAGGAUACAACGUCCAAGGCGCCAAAGAAACCACCGUUUACAUACACGGAACUCAUCGAAUACGCCCUCGAGGACAAGGGUGAGCUGACGGUGUCGGGCAUAUACCAAUGGAUAUCCGAUCGCUUUCCGUACUACAAAUCGAACGACGAUCGCUGGAAGAACUCGGUGCGGCACAAUCUGUCCAUCAAUCCGCACUUUCGCAAGGGCGUCAAGGCGCCCCAAGGCGCCGGCCACCUGUGGGCCAUAUCCAGCGGCGACUCCGCGGAGAAUGUGCUCGCCUGGGAGCAUAAAAAGCAACGCUUGGAUUUGUUCUUCAAAAUGGAAUCGAUCAAUCGCGAGCGCAUACAACAGCAUCAGCAGCAAAUGCAACAGCAGCAGCAGCAGCAGCAACAGCAGCAGCAGCAACAAUUGCAGCAGCAACAUUGCCAGUCGCCGCAGCAGCAGCCGCAGCAGCAAUCGAGCUGCAUCUACGAUGAGGCAGCUGCAGCUGCUGCGGCGCUGACGCAGGAGAUGCUGCAGCAUGCGCCUAGCGAGCCAUCGCCCACAUCACAGACGCACAACAAUCCGCAGCGCCUGUUGCCCUUCGGCGAUCUGCUGAGCGACGAGGAGCUGCGCAAGACGGCGGGCCAGAUACUGAACGGCAUCCAUCGGGAGGUGGAGGUGCAGUCGGUCAACUCCAUCAUCAGCACCUACCAGGACGUGCUGCUCGACAAUGACUAUCUCAAUCCCAUACACAAGGACGUCGUGGUCAACGAGAGCGGACUGCGCCAGCAGCAGCAACAGCAGCACCAACAGCAACAUUCGCUCAGCCACUCGCAGUACUACAUCACCGAGAUUGAUCCCAUGGAGCUGGGCAUACAGAUGUCGCACCAGGUGGAGCCGUCCGAGGAGGAGGUGCUCUUCAGCGAUGACUUUAAUCUCAACUACUUUGGCUACAAUCCCGGUAGCGAUAUUGUCGCUUGACCGCGCAAGCAGCAGCAACAGUUGCUGCCAGUUGCGGAACGAGUUCCGGAACCAGUUCAGCUGCAGGAAAGCAAUCAGAGUACUCAUAAGCCAAUUAUAAACCAAUACUAGUCACACUCUAACAACUUCGUCGUCGAACUAUCUAAACUAACCACCUACGAGCCCCAUCCCAAGUUGCAGGCCCCAGAUCCACACCCAGCCGCAGACCGAGUUCCAGUUCCAGUUCCAGUUCCAGACCUAGCCCCAUGUAUAGUCUAGUCUUCAAUGUACCAACCAGUUUUUUUUUGUCACUAAUCAUAUCUAGUUUAUCUUAUAGAACCUAAGAGUAGCCUCUACUUAGCAUUAAGCAUUCGUAUCAUAUCGAAAUACCGGGAGCAUUACGUGUCCAUAUUUUCGACUUCGGGCUCUGGCUAUAUUCCCUAGUUAAGAGUUU